AUGCGCCUACCGGCGGAUUCGGAGCCCCCCAUAGGAUGUAGACAGCCUUUACCAAGGUAUCCGCCCAUUUGGGCAAAGUCUCGUCAAGAGGUGUGCGAAACAUGGGACUGGUUCAGAAGCUACCAAGGAGGUGUUUACUUUCGCCAGAACGAAGCCAAAGGUUAUCUGCUAAGCGCUUUCUCAUCAAAACGUGAUGGCUGGUUCCACAAUGGAAAAUUGAUCAUUUCCCAUGGCGGAGGAAAAGCCGAGAGCAUCCAUCAUACCAAAGGACAUCUCGAGAAGCAAGCAGCUUCGGACCAGAACGCAGAAGACUUUUCUGUACGAGCUCUAUUGAAAAAUUUUCGCAACAACAUUCCCGUCGCACUUCUGAUUGACGACAAGUACGUUCAUUUCCCGUUCAGUCUGGACGCGCGGGAUGUCGCAUAUGCUGUGCUUGGUUUUUACAAGAUCACUCAUGUUUGGUCGGAAUUACAACCUGCGAACAAUGAUCGGGGACGUGUUGUUCGGUAUAAAUUUGCAUUCCAAUGGUAUGAAUCUCAGGGCCAACCAUGGUGGUGUUCGACGCCGGAAGACCUUCCUACUACGAGUAAGCCGAAUCCAAACCAUUUCUUUGGCUCGGUGUACCAAGAAUGCUCUGACUGCCGACACAUGUCUCCCCAAGUCUAUGAGAUUGGAUGGAUGUGCCUUCAGUCUGAAUGUCGACGUUUCUGGGUGAUAGAUACAAGCGAUGCCGUUCUACUUGAGCAGCUGAAGUACAAUCCUGCCUUUUUGGAGCUCCUUCCCAAUCUCACGUUACCUGUCACUUUGAGUAUUUUCCCACCUUCACCACCGUCGGUCCUCGAGAGUACGGUCACCACAACCGAAUUAUUUGCUAGGGGCUGGCACUGUACGAAAUGUGGUCGUCUAUCUUGCAGGUACACGUGGCAGCUCUGGGAAUGUGCUCACUGUAAGAAUUCCCUCCGUGUUCAAGGGGCGAUUCAGCACGCUCGUGAUUUGCAAGGAGAAAGCAAAAAAUCUUCCAUGAUGGCGAUAGAUGCGGGACACUUGAAACUUUCGUUUUUCCUGAUGACGCGUACGCUAUUUUCCAUGAAAGACGACAGGAUCUCAUGUUUGAAUAGAGGUUUUGUUCAUCGCAUCAAAGGCUGCGGUGUUGGCAUGAAUCAAGAAGCAAACAAAAUUUUCAUCAAAUAUCAAGAAGAGGCGAUGGAAGGCAAACUCUUAUUUAGACGUUGGCCACUGCGAGCAGUGAGCCGAGGUGAACUGUUGACUCACUACUUCUCUCAGAAUAGUAAGUGCACAUUGGCCAUAAUUUUACCUCCUUAUCAAUAUGUCGGCGGAACUGAGAACACUGUUCCAUGGGAUCAGGCUCCUUCGGCGGUGAUUGAAGCUAGGGCGUUGAUGCAGCAUCGCAUUAAAUUGGCUCUCGAUGACACAUGCGAAUCCGAAUUCAAUGAGGUUCUGAGCGCUGCUUACAUGCAAAAACAAAAAAUGGCGGGCGACAUUCUGGUCAUGCAAGGCGCAGAUAUCCAGAGAUGUUACGAACAUACUGUCGAACCAUCUAACUUCCGCAUUGCAGCGACUGCCAGGUAUAUUGCCCCGAAUACCCUGGCCUAA